AAAAAGAGGAGGAAUUAAAAGAGAUAUAAAGGGGAAAAGAAAAGGGGAAAACUGAGGAAAGGAAAACGGCGUGAACAAGCUACACGAGUAGAAAAAAAAACAGAAAAAUUGCGAGGAAGAGAGGAAAAAAUAAGGACGGAAAAUACGUGCGCUGUUUUUGCUGCCUAUCCCAAAUUACUGCUGAGGAAAAAAGCAGAAAAAAUUGAGAACGCAAAAAUUGCUACAAAUUACACGCACAAGAAAAAGAGCUUUUCGCCUGAGAUUUAAAAGAAUUACUUUGGAAAAAACGCUUAGAUCAAAACGGCAAAAUACAUCUUCGCUUACUUUGCUAGUUAGUGAGCGAUUAGUGCUGGCGUGAGCUGAAGAGAAGAGUGCAGUACUGAACCCUCUAUAACCCCCAUCUACUUAACUUAGCUCAAUUCACUUCUUACCAUUUCACAUUCUAAUUCACAGCAACAUACCACAAAAGAUUACAGUUCAUCAAUACAUAAAAGUCUUAUUCAAAUUUAUCUCCACUUUGAACCUAACUUCUAAUCUCAGCGCAUCAAAAAGGGACUUCGGCGUGAGUUUUAUCAGCUUGAUUAUCAAUCUCUCCUUUGAUGCUCUCAGCCAACAACCUGUCCCGGCUAUUGUGUGGGUCCAGAGAGAAGGAAAAGAACUUCGACUAGAGAAGCGACACAAAUCCGAAAGCUCUCAUACGACUCAAACUCAUUUUACAAAGUUUAAGAAACUGUAUUUUCUGUGCAGCACACCUAGUCAAGUUAAGUCUAAUUUGAUUGGCUGUUGCCUCGUGUGCACCAUCUAUCAUUCUCUUGCUUUGAUCUAAUAAGAAAAAGAAACGGAGAAGAGUGUCUUGAAUCAUAACCAGUAGUGCUACUAGUGAAAGAGUGAUCUGACAUCAUCGAUACAGAUGGCUUCGAUCGACCAGCUUCGUCAGGAGGUGGAUGCUUUAAAAAACAAAAUCAGAGAUGCGCGGAAGGCGGCGGCGGACAGUACUUUGAACGAGAUGGUGGCGGGGAUAGAGACGAUUGCCAGGAUCCAGAUGCGCACCCGGCGCACCCUCCGCGGACAUCUAGCCAAAAUAUAUGCCAUGCACUGGGCUGGCGACUCCAAACACCUGGUGAGUGCGAGUCAGGAUGGUAAGUUGAUAGUGUGGGACUCCUACAGUACUAACAAAGUCCACGCCAUCCCCCUUCGCUCCUCGUGGGUGAUGACGUGUGCUUAUGCCCCCAGUGGUGCAUUUGUGGCCAGCGGGGGUCUGGACAACAUCUGCUCCAUCUAUGGACUCAAAACCAGAGAGGGCAAUGUCAAGGUCACCCGCGAACUCAACGGACACACAGGCUAUCUCUCUUGUUGCCGCUUCAUGGACGAUCAUCAAAUUAUCUCCAGUUCUGGCGACACCACAUGCACUUUGUGGGACAUAGAGACUGGCAAUGCGAAGACGACAUUUGAGGGCCACUCUGGUGACGUCAUGAGUCUGUCUCUCUCCCCGGAGCAGAGGACGUUCCUGAGUGGGGCUUGUGAUGCCUCGUGCAAACUGUGGGACAUCAGGGAUGGCAUGUGCAAGAAUACAUUCGUUGGACACGAGUCAGAUAUCAAUGCUGUCAAUUUUUUUCCGAAUGGGAAUGCGUUCGCGACUGGGUCUGACGACGCCACUUGUCGCCUGUUUGACAUCCGAGCAGACCAGGAGCUGGCGCUCUACUCCCACGACAACAUCAUUUGCGGAAUCACCUCCGUCGACUUCAGCAAGAGCGGACGCCUCAUGUGUGCUGGCUAUGACGACUUCACCUGCAAUGUCUGGGACGUCCUCAAGGCCGAACGAGCCGGAGUGCUAGCGGGUCACGACAACCGAGUGAGUUGUUUGGGGGUCACUACAGACGGACUGGCAGUCACCACCGGCAGUUGGGACUCAUUCCUCAAAGUAUGGAAUUAACAGCACCCCCCCCCCCCUUGUUGCUCCAAUCCCGCUUACACGCGACAUAAAACGCAAACGCCUGCAAACGACAUCUACUCGAAUCAACUCAAACAGAAUCGAAAAAACAGAGCCCAUCCACCAAUCAGGGGGUCCCUGGUUUGAAUCCCUAGCUAGCCAAACUGUUUCAACUAUAGAAACUGCAACUGCGUAGAUUGCUGUAUGGUGUUGAGGCAGUGUGGAGUUUAGACGAAGCAGAACGGGCUUUUUAUUCCUUCAAGCUUAUUCCUCUCUCUCUCUCUCUCUCUCAUCCUAAAGGUCUGAUCAGUAAACGAUGGAAAUGAAUGCUACUCAAAUGAAAAAUAGCCAGUAAAUUUGUUUUUAACCUGAAAAUUGAAGUAUUCAACUUUCUUAAAUUGAUCAUGCAAUUUUAUUUUAUCUUUUGAAAAUUCUCAAUUUUUAUAUUUGCCUCAACCUGAACUUGCUGCAGAAUAAUUGCACCACAUAGAAGAGUUAUUGAAAGAGCGCAUUCGGGAAAAGCUACACGCUAUGAUGCAGGAAUAUAAUUUUCAAUUUAUCAUUUUGUUUUCUAAAAUUUAAAUACAUUUUAAAUUUAUAUUUUCCCUCAAUAUUUGACCCUUGUUUUAAACUUCAGUAAAUCUAACCCCUUCAAUUGUAUAGAUUUGGCGAUAUUUGUAAUAAAACUGGAAACAUGGUUUAGCAUCAACAGCCCGCGGACAAAUUGUCUAUUUGUGACGCAUUUUCCUUUUUUCCUGAAUUGUAGUGCAAUAUAAUAAUUAUUUUGCUAACUUAGUUUUCAUCUUAAACUGACGAAGGCUCUAGCUAAUUGGCAAUGUAUUUCACAUCACGAUAUACCAACUAAUAAUACAACAUCAAAGGGAGCUUUACUACCACGUUUGACAAGUGCUGAACCUCGCUGACAUUGAUUUGCUUUCAUGACUGUUUUCAUGUUGGUGCUCUGCUGUUAGUUACUUCUUCAUUCAUUUUGAACCUUUUAAACACUGUGAAGAUCAAUUUUGAGUAGUUCUCUACAAACAAGUGCGAACAAAACUGACAUCCGCCCAACGUCAACAAAAAACGUGAAAAAUAACACCUCGUUUCUUAUUCUGACUGUAUUUGUUCACACUUAGGAAAAACUUAUUGAAAUGUUAAUUCUAUGCUGCUUCUUCAACCGUAGUCAAAAACCUUCUUAAGAGCAUUAUUGUUUCAAAUUUAAAAGACCGUUUUAUCUGAAGCGAAAAAUAAUAGUCACUAAAAUAAACAAAAAGUAAAUUGAUUGAAAUUGCGUCUCCCGAGAAAUUGUCAAUGUAGUGAAAAUGCCUUCUCUAGCGAGCAUAUCCUGAAAUAAACGUGUUUCCUGUUC